AUGGUCGGAUUUUGCGGAUGGUUACUUGUCUUCGGCUUUGUCCAUUGGAUAACUGCUGCUGCUACUCAACAUGGACAGUGUGCGGUGGGAAAAUUAAGUCGAAGCGACUCAAGUACAUACAACUGCAUCGAGCUUGUAUCGCUUGGCGAACACCUGGAAAAAGCUCCUGUUAAUACAACUGAAAUUACUGUUGUGGAAUCCAAAAUACCUUCAAUUUUACGUUACAGCUUCAUAAGGUUCAGUUCCACUCUCGAGAGUCUAGUUCUUCGAAAAUGCGGAAUUACCAUGAUCGAUCAAUUCGGCUUGGCUGGUCUCGUGAUGUUGAAAAAGCUGGUUCUUUGGGACAACAAUUUGACUUGGAUCUCUGCCGAUAGUUUCCGGGAUCUCACUAACCUUCGGCAUUUGGAUAUUUCGUUUAACAAGAUCGUAGGCAUUGACAUCGCCUUCUAUCAAAUGCUUCCGAACUUGGAAAAUUUUUAUUUUGAUUAUAAUCAACUGCAAACGAUCGACUACAACAUGUUCGCCGCAUUCCCAAAUUUGAAGAAAGCCAAAAUCGGACACAAUCCGUGGGUUUGGGGAUAUCGUAUACUACUGGAGUGGCAACUCGAUUCUGCGCGAGUAGACUACAGAGAUGAUUGGGAAGAGUGGGGAUGGAUGAACAGCAUCGUCCGAGAAUGUCAAGAUAGUGGAAAAGCAACAGCUCUAAAUGAUACGAUGUUGGAUUGUGUCGUGACGAAAUUUCUCCACAUGGAAAUCGAUCAUGGCCAUUUUGCGGCUAGCUCGAUUGAGCAAAGUGACAAAACAUGUCUUUCUGAAGGCACUGCACUAGUCCGUUGUUCAAAAAACAAUGCCCCUGCUGGUUCUGAUCCUAUGCGCCUGUCACUAGAAAGUCUUGUUGCGACCAUGCCGUUUCUUAGUCGCGCUGGUGGCAAAUAUAUUUACAAUCAUUUCAAGUAAAAAUGCCGAUGAUUUCGGUAUAUGUUCAAAUGCAAAGUCGAAGAUGCAUGAAUGCCAUGAAUUUUAGAACACCGAGGGAAGGGCAGAAAAAAAUGAUUUUUGUGUGCUUCUCGUCGAAGAGAAGGAAGCGAUUAUGGUGUCAAUGAAAUUUCUUUAAAUUUUUCAGAUCACAAGUUCGAAAAAGUGAACAAAAUUGAAAUAAACGUCAGCCAUCUUCGUUAAAUUAUGUAUUACGGUUGCACACAAGAAUAAAUUAUUGAUCGAAAAGUUAUUGAAUAAA